AUGGAUAUCUUCGCCCGGUCCUUCACUCUUCUACACAUCAGACCGUACACACGUUCUCUGGAAGGACUCCCUCAAGAAGUCCUUCGAAGAAUUGUAGAACACGCAGACUUGGACACUCAGGACAGGAAGGCCAUCAGCCUGACUUGCAGCACCUUGCGAAGCCAUGCACUCCCGAGCCUGUUUCGGCGCAUCACGAUCUCUCAGCUGCGCCUGGAUCGUGAAAAAUUUCUUUCUAUUUGCCAUACGCCCCAUUUAGUACAAUAUGUGCGGGAGGUUGAAUGGCAGGAAAUCUCAUGGCAUCCUGGAUUUUUCUCCCUUGUCGCCUUUAAGUCAGGCAAGGAGAAGUUGCUGAGUUGGCUUUGGUGUUGGUAUCAUCUCAAUUCCGGUAGUAGGACUCCAGAUCUAUCUGGUAUGCUACGAGCUGGAGAUCAAGGCGCUCAACUGGCAUUCCAACUGGACGAGUCCAUCAAAAAUCUCUUUUGGCUCUCCACUAUCCCUGAUUUUUCAUCCUCGAAAUAUCCAACUACCUGCGCAGAAAUGCGCGACUCCGGAUUUUCCCAAGAGGAGAUCAACACAAUCAGGACAACAUCAGGUCAGUUUGGUGAGCGCCUAAUUGAAUUUGAUCCAGAAAUCUUCAACUCCGUACGGGAAGAUGCUAUUGCGUCCUUUCGGCCACGCUUCGAAGACGGGCUCGGCCGCCUCCCCUACUUAACAGGUGCGCUAUCAAGACCAAUGGAUCCUGACCGAGUUGUGUGCUCCGGAGGAUAUGAAUUACAGGCUGUACACUUUCAGGCACACCAUACAUCCUGGGAUGAGAAAGACGGUCCCAUACCAACGGCGAACGAUGGACUCUUUCUAUUCCUCUUUCCCGCUAUUGAAAGACUCGGAAUCCGUAUCACUCGACUUCUUUGGCAAGAUGAAUAUCAGUACUACAGCUGUUUUCGCCCUAUACCCUGCCCUGAGGUCUUUGAGCAUCUUCAAAAACUGGAGCUGUCAUUUUACUUCCCUCGAAGAAUCCAACUUGAUAACCCCGAUGUUUACGAAACUAUCAACUCACUCCUGGAGACUGCGACUGAUCUGACUCAUCUUGUUGUAGACAGCAAUCUUGUUGAUAGCUUUUACUUACCAUGCAUCCGAUCCACACGACUAGUCUCCCUACAUCUUCACUCUACCCCGGCAGUCACCUGUGAUGAGCUGAUCCCGGUUUUGCAAAGAAACGCUAAAACACUUCGACACAUCGGCUUGGACAGUUCCGCGUUAUCCCUGGGAUCGCUCAACUGGAUCAGGGAAUAUGUCCCUAACCUUCAAUUAGAAUCCUGCCGCUUGAUGGGCGCCACGCAGAAUCAAGACUGGGUUCCCGAAUCUCAUGUCGUCGACUAUUUGAACCGCCACGGAUCACAGGACCAGGCAGGUGGGCAGCGCGAGAAUUCUUUUGAGUGGGGGGAGUUGUUGUUCAAAAGAAUUGCGAUAUUCACUGAAGAUGACUUGAUGGGCGCGCCUUGCCGGGAGGAUUCCGAGGAGAGUGAGGAUUUCGACAUGGCAGAAGAGCACGACUACGAGUUCGGCGAGGGUAGCGCAGCAGACGACCGGCGGAGUAUUGAAAAUGCAGUGGAUGAUGUCGAAGACGUCGAGAUAUCUCGAUAUGAUGAAGCUAUGCGGCCACGUACCCGUGCCAGGGCGCAGAAGAAAAGAAGAGGACGGUACGCUCCUUACAAUAGUGGAGCCAGUGAAGUGGAUGAAGGGGCCGAAGCUGAGGGAAUGGAGGUAGACGAAGACUCUGAUACUGGGAAUCGCGAAGGGGGCCCAAGGAGCGAAUUAAGUGAUGCCGAGGAUACCGAAAUGCUGGAUGACGAUGAUGCAGGAGAAAGGGAAGGCCCUACUGCGGACAGAGAGCAUGAGACUAGCUUGAAAGAAGAGAGCGAGAUUGACGAGGAGGACGGAGGCGCAGGUGACGAAAUGGAAGAAGCGGAAGACUCUGAUGAUGAGGAGAUGGACGUCGUGGACGACUCCGAGAGCAUCAUGAGCAGCAAUUGCGUGGAAACAAACGAACGGGUUGUUGGUCGGAAAAUCGUGUACUCCGAGUUCGUGGAUGAGGACAACGAAGACUGGGAGUCUAAUAAGAGCGAGUACAGCCCCUCAAUCUCAAGCGAGGGCUCACCGAUGGGAGAGGUCAUGGGUAUAUGA